AUGGCUGAUGAUUUAGGUUUUAGUGAUGUUGAUUGGAAAGAUUAUUCUCUUCAUACACCAAAUUUAAGAUUUUUAGCACAUUCUCAAAAUAGUGUUUUAUUUUCUAAUUCAUAUGUUAAUCAAUUAUGUACACCAACAAGAUCAGCUUUUAUGACUGGUUAUUAUCCUUUUAAAAUUGGUACAGCAGAUGGAGUAUUUCUUCAUAUGGAACCAGCUGGUGUUUCAACAAAAUUUAGGUUUCUUCCUGAAAAUUUAUCAGAAUUAGGAUAUAAAAAUUAUCUUAUUGGUAAAUGGCAUUUAGGUUAUUGUAAAAGAGAAUACCUUCCAACAUAUCGUGGAUUUGAUUAUUUUUAUGGUUUUUAUGGUCCACAGGAAGGAUAUUUUAAUCAUAGUAUAGAUUAUUAUAAAAAACAACCUUUUGGUAUUGUUAAAGGUUUAGAUUUAUUUAGAGAACGUGGUCAUGGAAUGGGAUCAGCUGACUAUACUAAAGAUGGUAUCUAUUCAACAGACCUAUUUUUAGAUGAAAGUAUAAAAAUACUUAAUAAACAUAAUACAAGUAAUCCUUUUUUUCUUUUUCUUUCAUUUCAAUCAGUUCAUCCACCACUUCAAGCACCACCAAAACAUUUAAAAUAUUGUUUAAAAUAUAAAAAUAAUUCUAAUAGAAUGACAUAUUGUGCAAUGUUAAGUAGUAUGGAUGAUGCUAUUGGAAAUUUAGUUAAAUAUUUAAAAUAUAAAAAUUUAUACCAAAAUACAAUAAUAAUUUUUACAAGUGAUAAUGGUGGUUCAGUACAAUGGGGUGGUAGAAAUACACCAUUACGUGGAGAAAAAGAUUCAUUAUGGGAGGGAGGAACUAAAACAAAUACAUUUAUUCAUUCUCCUAGAUAUAUUAAAAAAUUUACCAUAAGAAAUGAACUUUUUCAUGUUGUUGAUUGGCACUCAACAAUAAUUGGAAUGACAGGAGCAAAUAUUCGAAGUUAUGGUGAUGGAAUAAAUCAAUGGAAUAGUAUAAUAAAUAGUAAAUCAAAUAAUAAUAUUGAAAGAACAUCAUUUAUUUAUAAUAUUGCUAAAGGUCAAUCUGCAAUGCGUAUAGGAAUAUUUAAAAUAAUUUUUGAAGGUGAUCCUUUUAUUAAACCAAAAAAAGGAAAAGUUUGGUUAUUUAAUUUAGAAGAUGAUCCUAAUGAGAGAAAAGAUCUUUCAAAAACACAUAGAACAAUCGUUAAUGUUUUAAUGAUAAAACUUGGAGAAUUUAUACGCAAAGCUGUUCCUACAGUUAGAAAACCAUCAUCAAUUAUAGGGCAUCCAAAAUAUUUUAACGGGUCAUAUAGUUCAUACUGGUGUUGA